GGCUCUGUGGACCCCGCGAGCAGCACCGGGGAAUGGGAAUAGGCUUUGAGACACUGAAGGCGGCAAAGCGCGACGUCCGCAGCGGUGGCACCUGCUUGUCCGCGGCUGGCUGGAUCGGGAGGCGGGAAAGCGGGGCUGGUGGCGCCGCCUUGGGCUGGUAGGGGGACGAGUAGAAGCUCCGACCCAGGUUGCCCUCCUUUGUUGCAGGUGGAAGAAGAGCAAGGGGGAGAAAGGUGGGGCACCUGGCCCCAUCACCCAGAGCGCAGUGAAGGAAGCAACAAUUCUACAGACAUCCACCCGGAAUUUUAAAGAAAUUAGGCUCUCAAAAUGGAUAUUUUCGGGGACCUGCGGCGAAUGAACAAGCGCCAGCUCUAUUACCAAGUUUUAAAUUUUGCCAUGAUCGUGUCGUCAGCCCUGAUGAUAUGGAAAGGCCUUAUUGUUAUCACCGGGAGUGAGAGUCCAAUUGUAGUAGUGCUCAGUGGUAGUAUGGAACCUGCUUUCCACAGAGGAGACCUCUUGUUCUUGACAAAUUUCCGAGAUGACCCCAUCAGGGCCGGAGAAAUAGUCGUUUUCAAAGUUGAAGGAAGAGAUAUUCCAAUCGUGCACAGAGUGAUUAAAGUUCAUGAAAAAGAAAAUGGCAACAUCAAAUUUUUGACCAAGGGCGACAAUAAUGAAGUCGAUGACAGAGGUUUGUACAAAGAAGGACAGAACUGGCUAGAAAAAAAAGACGUCGUAGGAAGAGCACGGGGGUUUUUGCCAUAUGUUGGAAUGGUGACCAUAAUCAUGAAUGAUUAUCCAAAAUUUAAGUAUGCUCUCUUAGCUGUCAUGGGGGCUUAUGUACUUCUGAAACGGGAAUCAUAAAAGAAUCUGGAAUUGCCUUGGACAACUUAUCAGCAUAAUUAUAUGAAGAGAUACUAAUAUAUUUGAAAUGUCCCCUUGUCCGCAGAUGAUAUUAUGUGACCUGUGCAAACCAUAUUGUAUUUGUUUUGUUCCUCUUCAUGUUGCAGUCUAACCUAUGGGCAGCCCAGUUGCCUUCAUUGAGUCACACAGAUAUAUAUAUAUAUUUUAUUAUGUCCAUCUUCCCCAGCCUGGUUCAGCUCCCCAAACUUUCAACCCAAAAUGUCUUUUGGACAUCUUGGGUGGAGAUUACAUAAAUUACGGUCUAAAACCAGGUUACGGAAGGCAAGAUUCUCUUGGCUGUUUUGUUAGCAAAUAAUUGUUUUGAUUCCUACUAUGUGUUCACUUUUUGUCAUGAGUGAAAAAAAUAGAUCUGCUUAUUUGGAAAAUAGUUUGGAGAAUAGUUUCACAGCCAUGAAUCUUGACUACACUGAGAAUUCUCGUUUUUAUUUACAACUUCCAUGCAAGGAACCUCCAAUUUGUACCCCGCUUCAAAUUAUUCCCAUCUCACACCAACCCCACCCGGGCAGCAGUUCAGAUGAUGAUUUCUUGAGCAACAGUCCCCUUCUUCUUGUGAAUGAUUUCACAAAGACAAAUGCUUCUAACGAAGAAUUGAAAACCACAAUUUUGAAUAAGGUUGUACCAUGCGCCUUUGUGGUGUUCUUCUAGUUUGCAUUGCUUCAUCAAACCAGCCCGAAAAUCAAGGUUUACAGUGACAUUAUCUGAGUUAGUGCCUUGGCACUUGUACAGGUAGUCCUUGCUUAACAACACUCAUUGGGACUGGCAACUCUGCCACUCAGUGACACAGUUGCCUGGCAUUACAUGACCAUGCCAACUUAACCAAUGGCAGUUGUGCAAAUCAACCAAUGAUUGUUAAGCAAAUCUCAUCCAGUCGUUAAGUAUGACAUCAUGUGACCUGCCAUUUUCAACUUCCUGAUGGCUUCCCCAUUGAUUUUGCUUUUCAGAAGGCAGCUGUGAAGGUUGCAAGUGGCAAUGAGAUGCUGCAAUGUACUUACAGAUUGCAGCUUGUCAAGUGCCUGAAACGUGCUCGUGUAACCGUGGGAAUGGUUGUUACAGAUGGAACUUUGAGGACUGGUCUUAAGUCUCCUCAUUCAGCAUCGUUGUAACCUUGAACAGUUGUGGAAUGAAUGGUUGUUAAGGAAGAACUACCUGUAGUGUAAUGAGAAACCUUUAGAUGUCUAGCCUAGUUUGAGUGAAAAAUAGAACAACUUACAACCACAACUGAGCCCCAAAUAUCUGUUGCUAAGCAAGACAGUUAAGUGAGCUUUGCCCUAUUUUAUGGCCUUUCCUACCACAGUUCUUAAGCAGAUGCUGCAACAGUUGUAAGUGUAAAAAGUGGACAUAAGCCACUUUUUUCUAGUUCUAUUAUAACUUUAAACAGUCGCCAAGCAAAUGGUUGUAAGUCAGAGACUAACUGUGUUGCUGCUGAGUUCCUUUAAUCAUCCGUCAGUCCCAAGGGUUCUGUUGAUUUGGAUUUGCAGCCUAAGAAAGCUAUAGAAUGAGUGUUUCUCAAUUUCAGCUACAUUAGGAUGUGUGGACUUUCGACUUUCAGAAUUCCCUAGCUUGCUUGAAUCCUGGAAGUUGAAAUCCCCCACAUCCUAAAUUUGCUGGGGGGCAGAAACACUGCUAUAAAAAGUAAGGAGGAUGAUUU